AUGGCUGCCCCCGUGAAGCGUGGUACCGGAAGAGGCACCUUCUUCUCGGUCGGACUCGGCGCCUGUGGUUGGAACAGCGUCGAUGCUGACUACGUCGUCGCACUUCCCACCUCCGACUAUGGCGAUGGCUCAAACUGUGGCAAGCACAUCACCAUCGAAGCGAACGGCGUCCAAUCCGACGCCGUCGUCGUUGACGAGUGCCCCAGCUGUGCGGAAGGUGCUCUUGACAUGUCUACUGGCCUCUUCCAGACCUUCGGCAGUCUUUCCGUCGGCGUCGUCACAGUUAACUGGUGGUACAAAGACUAG